AUGCUCGCCUCUAUACGGAAUCUGAUGGGCCUCGAUGGUUCCUACGAAAACAUCUCACCGGAGAACUUACCUCAGCCCGUGCCUCUGGCCUAUCCCAUCCGCAAGGGUCAGCGUGCACGCACUAUGCUCUCAGCCUGCUUUCUCGCCUCCUCGGCGUACUUCGGCUCGGUCUUCUUCCAUGGCGUCUGUAUUCCCCUGGUCUUUUUUGCGCCCACUGCCUUCUGUUUUCUGGUCAGUGCCUGUGUACACCUGUGGACCAAGCUAGUCGAGGUUCCACGUCCGCAUUUGUUACCCAUUCGACUGAUGUUCACUGCACGCCAUCCCCUGCGGCAAAUGAAGCCAAUCCGUCAGCAGGUUUGGAUGGAUGGCCUACUGUCGCGUGGGAUGGAGGAGCUGGGAAACCUGCCGGGUGCGGGCUGGGCUAUGCACAUGGCAAAUUUCAUCUUCCUUCAGCGCAAAAUAGCCGCGGACGAAAAACACAUGAAGGAUGUGGUCGAUUACCUACUUCGGCUCGAUGGUCAGGCUCAUGAGGUGCACUACUACGUCCGUCGGUGGCCCGUCUCUUCCAUCAUUGGCUCCCCUGCCGGUGACUCUCCCAACAAAGACGAGAACAAUGCGGACGCCUUCGGCGCAUGGCUGAAUGAGCGAUGGCUCGAGAAGGAGCAGCUCUUAAAGGAUUACUACCGUAUGCAUGCGUCCUCUAUGUUUUCUGUUCUUGUUUAA